ACAGUGAACAACCCCUAAAAGUACACCGCACUAGAGGCCAUUGCGAGGACUUUUUAGAACAGAUUUGAGCGGCAAAGGAUUCAGACUACAGCAAAGCGAUAAGCCAACAUAUUUCACUUCUGUUUAAAGUUCACUUCUUAUAUUAUAUUAUAUCUUUAAAUGGAGGCACUUGAUCACAAAUUGAUUGUUUAGUUCCCCAAUAAUGAUCAAAUUAUGAAAUUAGGGUGUGUCCCAUCCUAAAUUUUCCUUUGAAAAAUGGGCGUAUCAGAUACGAGGAACUGAGACCGCGGUCUAAGUGCAACAGUCCCCACUGGACAAUCCAAGACGGCAAGAUGGAGGGCUAUGGUAGCAGCAACGCUUCCACGCCGUCGACCACCGCCCAGCCCAAUCCCGGCGAGCAACAGGAGGCCAUCGCCCUCAAGAAGGCGCUCGAGUGGGAACUAAGCCUGGACGCCCGCGAGCUGCGCUCCCACGCCUGGUACCACGGGGCCCUGCCCCGCCAGCGAGCCGAGGACAUCGUGCAGCGCGAGGGCGACUUCCUAGUCCGCGACUGCGCCUCCCAGCCGGACAACUACGUGCUCAGCUGUCGGAGUAAGGCAGUCGUUCUGCACUUCGUGCUUAACAAGCUGGUGCUUCAACCGGAGACAGUUUACGAACGCGUACAGUUUCAGUUCGAAGAGGAUGCCUUUGACACCGUGCCCGACUUAAUAACUUUUUACGUGGGAUCCGGCAAGCCCAUCUCCUCGGCGUCGGGAGCACUCAUUCAAUUUCCCUGCAAUCGCACCUAUCCACUCUCCUUCUAUGGUCACAAGAUCGUGGGCAACCAGCUUCACACCCAGAUGCUGGCUGGUCUCAGAGGUCUGAGUCCGCUUAACUCCCCGAUGGGCAACAACGGGGCAAUGGGAGCCGCCGUGGCGGGGGCCUUUCGCUUCGAUCCCCAGGAGCAACAGGAUUCUCCGGUGGCUGGCUCUCCGGCCAGCCCGCACUGCUCACCUCCACGGGCACGACGAGAGGUUCCUCCACCGCCGCGUGUUCCUUGCAAGAAGCAGCAGCGCUCCCAGAGCCUCACGCCAGCCCAGGCAAUGCUGGUCAGCAACAUCAACAAGCUUCAGGAGCAGCAGCUGCAGAUGCAGGAGCUUGAAACGGGAAAUGGCAACGGGAUGGUUCGCUUCCAGACGAUCGCCAGGUGCAACCCUACAAGUGAGCACCACCUAGAGAGCAAGUUCACCACCCACUCACUGCCCAGAGCCAACACUUCUGCGGCGCAGGCGAUGCGGCAGCAGGCGGUGGCCCGGAUCUCGAGCCUGGCGAGGAACUGCAGCCUGGACUCGCCGGCCGACUCCAGACCGCCCAGUCCCCCGCCCAAGCCGCGCAAGGAACCCAUGGCAGCGGUUCUCGCCUACCAGGCCAGUGGAUCCGACUCGGGCAACGGCUCCGGUGACUCUGCUCUCGGGGAUGCCUGCGAAGCUAGCAUUCAGCGGGGUGUAAUAAUCAAGAACCCCCGAUUCAUGACCUCCUCAGCCUCCAACGGGACGCUGAAGAGUUUCACAGAAUUUGACGCCCUUGCCGCCGAAGAGGAACUCUUCACCAUGGCCAUAGAAGAAGUGAGAACGGCAAGCAAAUUUGACUUUGAAAACUUCGUCACUCUGCUAUUGCCAUCUGUGGAUAAUAAGCCACUGGACGGCGAUGCCCUUAACACUUUUAAGAUGAUGCUUCUAGAGACGGGCCCAAAGCUGCUGGCGGAGCACAUAACCCGCAUCGACAUUGGCCUAUUUCUGGAACAUCCUUCAAACGAGGAGGACUACUAUCUGAGCUGUUCGGGCCUUGAGCUCCUGACCCUGCCCCACGGAAAGCUUUUCCGCGAGGACGUUAUCGAGCGGACACAGUGCAUAAAACUAAUGGUAGCAGUGACUAUACUGACCUGUCAAACGGAUAUGGACCGAGCCCAGCUACUUAGUAAAUGGAUUCAGAUAGCCGUGGAGACUAAGACUGCCCUAGGCAAUCUGUUUGGCUUCUGUGCUAUCAUGUUGGGACUAUGCAUGCAACAGAUUCAGAAGCUCGACCAGGCCUGGCACAUCCUGAGGCAGCAGUAUACGGACAGUGCAUUCACCUUUGAGGCCAAGCUGCGUCCCACGUUGAGCACCAUGAACGAGGCCUCUAAUCCGCAGGCCCCAAACACAACCGUUCCUCACGUUCUUCUUUACGCGCUAUUGAUCGAUCGGCCUGUCAUGGACAUCAUAAACCAUUCGAACAUCGACGAUCGCCCCGCUCUGUACCACACUUGUAUUACUCCUUGGGAGUCGAAGGCGGAUGACUUCGGUAUGUCCAUUAAUUUCCAGCAUCUGGAUGCUUCGCGCGGCUUUCUAAGGAACUUGGAUUUAUAUCGAAAGAAUGCAAAGAUCAUACUAGAGGACGCUAGCCCUAGACUGGAUGAGCUUUUAGCAGAUGCUUUCCGAACCGAGUUUCAUGUGAAGUUCCUAUGGGGCAGUUCUGGAGUUACUGCAAGAUCGGAAGAUCGUCACAACAAACUGGAAAAGGUGCUAACCCUGAUGGCCGACAAGUUCUGCAUGAUGACCGAAUAAUUAAAAAGAAAAAACUUACUGUAUUUAUUGGAUCACUACGCAAUUUUUUUAAAUUAUUCAUCUUUACUUAACUCUAGACCCUCCGCAAAUUUGAAUUUCAUGCUGUCUCUACCUCAGCCUAAUUAAAUAUAAUUUUAGCAGGAACACAAAAGCACUUUAUGUUACAGUUCAAAUAUGAAUUAACCUAAGUUAAGUCAACUUUAAAAAUGUAUGUGCGUGCAGUGUAAAAGGGGAAUCCAAAAAGAUCACAACUAGUUAUCACAUAUUCAUCAGUAACUUUUAAGAGCAGUCUUGCUCCGACAUACUACCAAAGCUUAAUACUUACUACCUAUUCCAUUAUUCUAUUAAAUAACAUAUUCUACUAUAGAUCAGACAAUAUAAAUAAAUCAAAACAUCAUACUUAAA